CAACAAACGAAGUAAUUACUCGGUAUUUAUUUUUGGCAUUAAAAGCCAAAAAAGAAGAAGAUGAGCACUUUAUUUAAUUUUUUAAAAUAUAUAUAUAUAUAUAUAUAUACAGCAAUGUUUGCGAAAUAAUAGAAAGACAGAACGCCGUUAAAGGGAAAUAACGGCGAACCACCACCCAUCCCUAUCCUCUCUACUUCCUUCCUCCUACAUCAAGACAUGAGAGAGAGAGUGCGAGAGAGCCUCAUGAUUCAUGAUGAACAUAUAACUACGAUGUUCUUUUUCCACUUCUUUUAGGAAAGGGAAAAAAAAAUAGAAAUUAAAUUAUUUUAUUCUCAAUAUAAUAGGAGUACGAUAAUAAUAGAUAUAUAUUUUUAAAUAAUUAUUAUUAUUAUUUUCUGCGUUUUUUUUGGAGGGGUCACCUCAGUUUUUUUCUCUCUCUAGACCGUGGCCUCUAUCUCCAAAUCAAUCUCUCUCUCUCUCUCUCUCUCUCUCUUUCUCUUUCUCACACUAACUCUUCCUUGAUCUCAAGCCACAACCCGUCGUCGGAGGAGAAAUCAGAGGAAUCGGAAUCGGGUUCGGAAGAUGUGGAAGAGGUAUCUGGUUGGUCGGUGUUUUUUCUUUCCCUUUUGGGUCCGCUCAAAUUUUGUUUUUUCGGUCUAAUUCAACUCCAAUUCAAUUCAAUUCAAUUCAAACCUCAUUUUCUUACCAUUUAGCGAUCUAUCAUUCGUGUAUAUUUAUAUUCAAAAAAAAUUUUUGUGCUUUUCUUUUUUGGGUCUGGUUUCAAAAAUUUUCUCCCCAAAUUACCAUUUUUCCCUCUCCUGUUCUUCUCUUCCUUCUCCCCGGAGGUGGGAGGAGGAGGAGCAGCAGCAGCAGCUAGGAUUCUCCGCCGGAGAGCCACCUGCGUUGUUCUUUCCGAUCCGGCAUCCCGCGGCGCGUGGAGCUUCACGAAUUUGUUCGUAGUUUCCCGCGGUGCUUUUGGUACAAUUUGGAUAUCGAAGAAAGACAGCGCAAUUAGCGUGCAUUGUAGGAAACUGCUGCAGAGGAGGAGGAGGAGGAGGAAGAGGAGGUAGAGAGAGAAAAAAAAAAUUUGAUCAAAGAAAUAGGGGGAAAAUUGGGUGGGGAAGUUGGAGGUCUUCUUUGAAGCGAGAUCUUCUUCCCCUUCCCCGUGAUAUAUAGUAGAUGUUUGUCCUUCAUUCAUAGCCAAAGACUGGAUUUUUUCAACUUUUACCCUGCUACUUGAGUUGUGAUCACGCAAUGCCGUCUGAAAUGAUGGAUUCACAGGGUUUCUCCCAGUCCUCAUUUUUUGCCGAGGAGUUGCGUCUUCGUGAUGAGAGACAGGUAGGAUUCUGGAAGAUGGAUACCAUGCCCAAACACUUUGAUCCCAAAUUUGAUGGUUCCCUACGAACAGAUGGUAUUGUUUCAUCACCCCUUGAGAAAAGGAUUGCGUUGGAUUCUCUAUCUGCAAAAUCUUUUGGACUUCAAGAUACUUUUUACAACCAAGACCAGAGAAGUGCCCUUAGCAUAGAUAAGCUUGUAGGUGGAGCAGCAGGGUCAGUCAGUCGUUCAUUACCAAGAAACCUUGACCAUGAUAUCGGUAGAAGAAUCAACUUUAGUGUGGAGCCUGCUGCUUACUUCUUGCAAGGAGAGAAACUGAAUUUGGUUGGUUCUGAACGUGAGAAUGGCCUAUUUUCGAGCUCGCUUUCAGAGUUGUUCAGCAGAAAAUUGCGACUAUCUUCUAAUAAUCCACCUUAUGGCCACUCCGUUGGUGCUACUGCCUUCCCAUAUGAGGAAGAGGAACCGUUUGAGUCACUUGAAGAACUCGAGGCUCACACCAUUGGAAACCUCCUUCCUGAUGAUGAUGAUUUGCUAUCUGGCAUUACUGAUGGGAUGGAUGCUAUGGGCCAUCCCAGUAGUGGUGAUGACAUAGAAGAGUUAGAUGUAUUUAGCAAUAUCGGAGGAAUGGAGCUGGGGGAUGAUGGUUUUCCAUCAGGACAAAGUAAUCUUGAUCUUUCUGGUGGCAGUGGGAAUGGGCAGAUUGCAGGAGCAGUUGGAGGGGAGCACCCUUUUGGAGAACACCCUUCUAGGACACUCUUUGUCAGAAAUAUCAAUAGCAAUGUUGAAGAUUCUGAAUUACGAAUUCUUUUUGAGCAAUAUGGGGAUAUUCGUACGCUAUAUACUGCCUGUAAGCAUCGGGGUUUCGUCAUGAUUUCAUACUUUGAUAUCAGAGCAGCUCGGAAUGCAAUGAAGGCACUUCAAAAUAAGCCAUUGAGGCGGAGGAAGCUUGACAUACAUUUCUCUAUUCCGAAGGACAAUCCAUCUGAAAAAGAUAUCAAUCAAGGAACGCUUGUGGUUUUUAACCUUGACUCUUCUGUUUCCAAUGAUGAACUUCGGGAAAUUUUUGGGGUUUAUGGUGAAAUUAAGGAGAUCCGCGAGACUCCACACAGAAGUCACUACAAAUUUAUUGAAUUUUAUGAUGUGAGAGCUGCAGAGGCCGCACUUCGUGCUUUGAACAGGAGUGACAUUGCUGGGAAGCGUAUCAAGCUAGAGCCUAGUCGUCCAGGUGGUGCUAGGCGAUUAUCACAGCCUUUUACUUCGGACUCGGAGCAAGAAGAAUCUGGCCUUCUUUUACAGCAGGCUAGCCCUCAAAACACAUCAACUGGAUUCUCUGGUUCAUUUCCAAUGGGGGUCGUCACAUCUGGUGUGGACAAUGGAACAAUCUUUGGGUCCCAUUCUGCCAGUGGAAAUAAUGUUACUACGUUUUUCGAAAAUGCCUUCCACCAUGGGGUAUCUUCUUCAGUUCCUAACAGCGUACCUUCAUUGGCUAGGGUGGGAUCUAGUGGUAAUCAUGCUGGUGUUAAUGACUCAGCCCAUGCCCAGCAGGGGGACAUGAAAUUUGAUUUCCGAGCCGUGCCGAAUUUCCAUCCUCAUUCACUUCCAGAAUUUCAUGAUGGGCUUGGUGGAACUGUGUUGUCCUGCAAUUCUCCUGGUCACAUUGGUACUAAUGUGAGUGGUGCGAGAGCUUCAGAGAUGAUUGAAAACUCACCCUUUGUUAGAACUGGCUCAAAUGGGCAUGCUGUUGAGUUGAAUGAAGUUUUUGGUUCCUCUGGAAAUGGAAGCUGCCCUCCACCUGGACGUCAUUAUAUGUGGAGUAACGCGCACCAUCCCCAACCUGCUGGCAUGAUGUGGCCAAACUCACCAUCAUUUGUGAAUGGGGUUUGUUCUCCACAUCCUCCACAACUGCAUGCCGUUCCUAGAGCACCAAGCCAAAUGCUGAAUGCAAUUCUACCUAUCAACAACCACCAUGUCGGAUCUGCACCGUCUGUGAAUCCUUCUAUCUGGGAUAGACGACAUGCGGGAUUUGCUGGGGAAUCUCCUGAUGCUUCUGUUUUUCACCCAGGUUCUCUUGGAAAUAUUCGGAUUUCUGGUAGCUCACCACAUCCAUUGGAGUUUGUUCCCCGUAAUGUUUUUCCAGGUUCUGGGGGAAGCUGUGUAGACCUUGCAGUUCCUUCCAAGAAUGUCGGAUUCAACCCACUUCCACAGAGGUGCAUGAUGUUUCCUUCAAGAGGCCAAAUGAUGCCUAUGAUGAAUUCAUUUGAUUCUCCAAAUGAAAGGACGAGAAACCGUAGGAAUGAUGGUAAUUCAAGUCAGGGUGACAACAAGAAGCAGUUUGAACUUGACAUUGACCGAAUAAUGCGAGGAGAAGAUAAACGGACUACUCUUAUGAUAAAGAAUAUACCUAACAAAUACACUUCGAAGAUGCUGUUAGCUGCAAUUGAUGAGCGUCACAGGGGAACUUAUGAUUUUAUUUACUUGCCGAUUGAUUUCAAGAAUAAGUGUAAUGUUGGUUAUGCAUUUAUCAACAUGACCGAUCCAUCAUUAAUAAUCCCAUUUUUCCAGGCAUUCAAUGGCAAGAAAUGGGAGAAAUUUAACAGUGAAAAAGUGGCCUCCCUUGCAUAUGCUCGUAUACAGGGAAAAGCAGCUCUUAUUGCUCACUUCCAGAACUCAAGCUUGAUGAAUGAAGAUAAACGAUGCAGGCCAAUACUCUUUCACACUGAUGGUCCUAAUGCUGGCGAUCAGGUGCCUUUCCCCAUGGGUGUUCAUGUUCGUUCAAGAGCCAAUAAGAAUCGAGCAACCAGCAAUGAUGAAAAUAACCAAGAAAGCCCUAAACAUUUUGCGAAUGGUGAGGAGUUUUCCUUUAAUGGGGACUCCCUUUCAAGUUCUCUCAAGGAGUCAGAUUAACCAAAGCUGAUACACCAUUGUCCCUUCACGGCGCUAACUAAGUAGGAUUAAGUAAUUUUAAGUUGAUCCACCCAAAUUUUACUGAUGUAUAUUAGGGUGGUUAGUAGAGGAAGUAAAAAACCCACAAAAAGAAAAUGGUUCCAUUUUUUGUGAUUUUGGACGGAAACAACUCUCCUGAAUUAGAUGUGUAAUGCUUGAGGAGAGGGCAGUUUGUUCCCCAUUUUUAAAGUGGGUUGAUCAGGAUUUCUGAGGCUGGCUAUCAACAAAACAGAAGUAUUUGAUGAUGGGGCUUCAAAAUUUUGGAUGUUGAGGAAGUUAAAUUCCAAUGUGUAUAGAAGUUGUGGAGCAACAGCAAUGUGAAUAUUUGCUGCAACAGAGGCGGCUUUUGGCUUCUCUUGGCAUUUUGCUUUUUUCCUCUGCAAGGUUGCUUAGAGAGGAUUCUUAGUGUUGUUAAAAACCAUUUUUGAUGUGAAAUAACUGUUGUCUUUUGUAACCAUUUAACCAACCACCUCUACAAUGUUUUAUGGGAAUUUGUUGCCUCUUUAGCUUGGA